CGGUUACCGCCGGCACUCCAUGGACGAUGAUUCUGCCGCUGCUGCUGCCGUGGCUGCCCUGCUUGAUUUUCUUAACGCGGGUAUAUCUCUGAGUGAGGUUUGGGAGAUAUUUAAAGCCUCCGAUCCGAGAUUCACUGAGUUAGCCGAUCAUUUGGGAGGGGCCAGAGUGCUCAGGCAGGACCCACUCGAGUGCCUAAUCCAGUUCAUUUGCUCUUCUAAUAACAACAUCAAGAGAAUCACAUUAAUGGUUGAUUUCAUUUCUUCAUUGGGGAAUUAUUUAGGGACUGUUGGAGGCCUUAAAUUUUAUGAAUUCCCGUCCUUGGACCGGCUGUCACAGGUUUCGGAAGCUGAGCUCCGGGAGGCUGGUUUUGGUUAUAGGGCAAAAUAUAUAACUGGUACUGUUAGGGAGUUGCAAUCAAAACCAGGGGGAGGUUAUCAGUGGCUUGCAUCACUUAGAGGGAGAGAUCUUAAUGAGGCUGUUGAUGAUCUUUGUACUCUACCUGGUGUCGGCCCCAAGGUGGCAGCUUGCGUUGCUCUAUUUGCAUUGGAUCAACAUCAUGCCAUUCCUGUUGAUACUCAUGUCUGGCAGAUUGCAACUAGGUACCUGACCCCUGAGCUAGCAGGCGCCAGUUUGACACCUAAACUGUGCACUCGGGUGGCAGAGGCUUUCGUGGAUAAAUAUGGGAAAUAUGCAGGCUGGGCUCAAACUCUUCUUUUCAUUUCAGAACUCCCAACACAGAAAGCUCUGUUGCCGAUCUCUUUUCAAAACGAAAUGCAUUCCAAUAAACCGAAGAAAAGAAGAAUGAGCGGAAAUAAGAAGAUGCCUACGAGUACUACUCCUACUCCUUGCAGCUAGUGUUUGCAGUGUAUAUAUGUGCAACUCCUAUACAUACUCAAUCGUCUGGUUCAUUAUUCUUAAUUAGAGAGUUGUAAAUUCAAAAAACCACAAAAGUAAUCGGCGAGUUAGUGGUUCAAUUGAUAUUUAUUGUGGAACACACUCGCACACAACCGUUCGCCAUUACUGAGUUAUUUUUUUGCAAAAACACACGUAAUAUGAAACCAUGUCAAAUACUCCGUAUCAUCUUUGAAGGCAAAAACGGUUGAAUGAAAUGGUGUAUGUUUCAAGAAAAUAAAUACUAACAUCA